UUCCAAUUGUUCCCCCAAUUCAGCCAGAAAACGCGUUUCGUGUCCUCUUUGGAUGGUGAGGAAGUGUACUACGGCAAAGACUCUAACCACUUGCACACACACCACGAAAAGGGCAUCACUCCCACAGCGAACACCCGAUAACGACGGAGCGAGUCGGUUUGCGCCGCAGUCGGUUUGAGAAGACUUCCGAAGUUCCGGAAGAACAGGUGGUUGGAUUUUAGGGAGCUGGGGAACCGAACCUGCUACGAAGAAGGGGCGACGAACAAACGAAACAGGAGACCGAUCAACGAUAACGCAAAACGAAGACGAGAGAAGACGACUAAACAGCGGCAGGGCUGAUAACAACAGUGUUGAUAGUUGGGAAAUUGAUCGGGGAUUGUUGUUGAAAAGAGAGACGGGCACGCCCCCGGAGAAGCUAGGAUUGAGCUCCCUUUGCGAUGUCGCUCAACAUCUUUCGCGUGCUGGGGGAUUUCUCCCAUCUCGCCUCCAUUUUCAUCUUGCUGCACAAGAUCCAGCAGUUGAAGAGCUGCUCGGGUAUUUCUUUCAAGUCGCAGGUGCUUUACAUGCUGGUUUACAUUACUCGAUAUCUCGACCUCCCCUGGACCUCCUCCCCCUACAACUUCAUCUUCAAAGUCCUCUUCAUCUCCUCAGAGCUCUACAUAAUCUACCUCAUGGCCCGGGCCUACAAGCCCACCAACGACCCCAACCUCGACACGUUCCACGUCGAGUUCCUCCUCGGCUUCGCCGGCCUGCUCGCGCUCUUGUUUCCGUACAAGUACACGAUCCUCGAGGUGUUUUGGGCGUUUUCCAUCUGGCUCGAGUCGGUGGCGAUCCUGCCGCAGCUGUUCAUGCUGCAGCGGACGGGGGAGGCGGAGGCCAUGACGGCGCAUUAUAUUGCGGCGCUGGGGAUGUACAGGGCGCUGUAUAUCCCGAACUGGAUCUAUCGGUACUUUAGCGAGCCGACGCACAAGGUGGACACGAUUGCGGUGACGGCGGGGAUUUUGCAGACGAUUUUGUAUAGUGAUUUCUUUUGGAUUUAUUAUACCAAGGUUAUGAGGGGGGAGAAGUUUAAGUUGCCUGUUUAGGGCCAGCAAUAACCAAGGAUAUGGUGGAGGGGAUUGCAGAAGGGGGCGAAAGAGACAGGUUGGGGGUGAUGGCAAGAGGGAAAGUUAACGAGAGGAGGAUAAGAAAAAUGCAAUGGCCUAUGAGAUACGGACACUUGGGUGGGCGGGCUGGCGUUAGGCGGGGGGAGGGAAAAGAAAGUGUGGUUGUUAUUUUUACGUGUAUGGGGUGUAAUUCAAAUGCUGGUUGGUUCUAAGGAUAACGGGAAUGAAUGACAAGUGGCCGGCGUGUUGUGUGGUCGACAAGUAUGAAUAUCCUUUUUUGCUUUUUCACAUUGUAUAUACAGUAGGGGUAUAUUGCAGGCAGGUGGUCAAGGGACCGAGACUUAAAAUGGAAAAGCUGACUGGUUUUGGAAGAGGAGAGUGAUAUAUGGGUGUGUUCGAGAACAAACCGGG